AUGUCGUUCUCAUUCUUCAAGCCCUCGCGACCCAAAACCCCACAGGAACUUGCGAAGGCUAUAAGAGAUAGCUUCAUUGCUCUUGAUACUAAGACCGUAGCUGAAGUGAAAGCGCUUGAAAAGGCCAUGGAAGAAGUUGAAAAAAAUAUUAUGACCAUGAAAAUCAUGCUUUCAGGAGAUGGGGAGGUUGAGCCAAAUGCCGAUCAAGUGUUGCAGUUGGCAGUUGAAGUUUGUAAUGAGGAUGUGAUAGCUCUCUUUAUUCAUAAAUUACCAAUUCUGGGAUGGGAAGCUAGGAAAAAUUUGGUCCAGUGCUGGUCAAUAUUGCUUAAACAAAAGGUUGAUGAUAGUUUAUUCUGCUGUGUGCAAUACAUGGAGAACCACUUCGAAUUAUUAGACUUCCUUGUCGUGUGUUACGACAAUAAGGAAAUUGCAUUGCAUUGUGGGAGUAUGCUGAGGGAGUGCAUCAAAGUGCCGUCUCUUGCAAAAUACAUACUGGAGUCUCCAAGCUUUGAGUUGUUUUUCAAAUUCGUGGAGUUGCCAAACUUCGAUAUCUCAUCUGAUGCAUUUUCUACUUUUAAGGAUCUACUAACCAAACAUGCUUCGGAAGUCUCUGAUUUCUUGAUGGCUCAUUACAAUGAGUUCUUUCAGCAAUACGAAACACUCUUGACCUCGAAGAAUUAUGUCACAAGAAGGCAGUCUUUGAAGCUUCUUUCGGACUUCUUAUUGGAGGCCCCAAAUUCCCACAUAAUGAAGCGUUACAUUACUGAAGUCCACCACUUGAAAGUUAUGAUGACAUUGCUCAAGCUGUCUUGGACCGUGCACAAUUCCAAGAAACUGACAUGUUUCUGCUUGAGCAAUAUCCAUUAUUGUUUGGGGAAAAAAAACGGUGAUGCUGCUAUAGAAGCUCCAGAGGAUUCAAGCAAAAACAUCCAAAUCUCAGCUUUUCACAUAUUUAAGGUUUUUGUGGCGAACCCUAACAAGCCAAGAGAAAUAAAACUCAUACUCUCCAAAAACCACGAAAAGUUAUUGGAGUUGCUGCAUGAUCUUUCUGGAGGAAAAGGAGGCGAUGACGAACAAUUUGAAGAAGAGAAGGAGAUGAUCAUCAAGGAAAUCGAAAGAUUGUCUCGCCAACUUCCAAACCUUGAAUGA